AUGGUUGUCAUCGACUUUGUGCGCCAUGCGCAGGGCUUCCACAACUUGUGCUCGGACAACCUGAAGAUGCCCGACCCGCUGCUGACGUCGCUCGGCGAGGAGCAGUGUGCCACGCUGCAGCAGGUCUACGGCGCCGACAACCACGCCAAGGUGCGUUUGCUGGUGUCUUCACCACUGCGCCGCACGCUGCAGACGACGCUGCUGUCCUUUGCGCCCGUGUCGCAGCGCGGCGUCCGUGUGCUGGCGGUGCCCGAGCUCCAGGAGGUGUCGGCCAUGCCCUCGGACGUCGGCACACCGCGUGCGGUGCUUGAGAAGCAGACCGACCUGUUCCCUGCUGACAGGGUCGACCUGUCGCGGCUGCACGUUGGCUGGACGAACAAGGGUCCCGGCAGCCCGUACGCGUUUGCGCUGCCGGUGCUGGCGGCGCGGGCCAAGUCGGCACGGCGGAUUCUGCGGGACCUGACCAAGGACCUGGGCGCCGACGACCGCGUCGUGGUGGUGACGCAUGGCGGGUUCCUGCAUUUUCUCACAGAGGACUACGAGGGCGUGGACCCGGGUCGGGGCACGGCCUGGAAGAACACGGAGUGGCGGUCGUACGAGUUUGUGAGUGAGGAGGACGACAACGUGUCGCUCAAGGAGACGACCGAGAGCGUCAAGCGGCGGGCGGGCUCGGAGGCGGGUCUAACGACACAGGAACAGAUUGAACUGGCGGCGGUGUACCACGGGUUCCUGGCGUCGGAGCAGGCCCACUGGCCGAAGCCGCGCCCCGAGGACAUUCGUGACUACGAGACGGCGUUGAGUGAACCACAGGAGGUGGACGUGGCUGCAUAG